UAAAAAUCAAAAAAUUCUCAGUCUCUUCUCUCUGUCUCUCUCUCUCUCUCUCUCUCUCAGAGUCUCAAAAUCAAAAUUUAUUUUUGUGAAUUAGGGUUAGGGUUUUUUGUGAUGGAAGCGACGCAGAGAGAUUUGGAUCGGGUCAAGGGGCCGUGGAGCCCCGAGGAGGAUGAGAUGUUGAGGAAAUUGGUGCAGAAGCACGGUGCUCGUAACUGGUCGGUGAUAAGCAAGGCCAUUUCCGGUCGGUCCGGGAAGUCCUGCCGGCUGCGGUGGUGUAAUCAGCUGUCGCCGGAGGUGGAGCACCGCGCUUUCUCGGCGGAGGAGGACAACCUCAUCGUUCAGGCUCACGCUAAGUACGGUAACAAGUGGGCCACCAUAGCUAGGCUCCUCAAUGGCCGUACGGACAACGCGAUCAAGAACCACUGGAACUCCACGCUAAAGCGGAAGUUCUCGUCGAUGAGCGACGACACCACCACCACCACCACAACGACCACGGCCGACGAGUCACUGAAUCGGCCGCGGAAGAAAUCGAAUCCGGGUUCGGGCUCGGGUCUGUGUUGUAGUCCUAGUAGUCCUUCCGGAUCCGAUGUGAGCGAUUCGGGUCACCCGGCGAUCUCUACCGAGCACGUGACUCGACCUGUAGCGAGAACUAGCGCGAUCUUUAUUAUGCCUUCCCAUCAGGACGAGUCACCACCACCACCACCACCACCGAGUCAGAACAAUAUCAACAUCAACAUCAACAAAAACAAUGAGCCGUCUACUCUGUUAACUCUAGGUCUGCCAGGGACUAGUACUACUACAACUACUACUGAGUCGCAAACCGAGUUAACUAGUUGUGACUCGGCGCCGACUCUCCGAGUCUUUGAUGAUGAUAAUAAUAUUAAUAAUAAAUCACCGCCUUUGAAGAAGAAUAGUGAUCUUGUUUCGGCAGAGUUGUUGGCAGUGAUGCAAGACAUGAUCAAGAUUGAAAUCAAGAAUUACAUGGCGGCGUUGCUCGGGAGUUAAUUAAAACGGAGCGUUUUUGGUUUUGACCUUUGAAAAAAGAAAA